GAUUAGCGACAGGGGUGGAGGAAUACCCCACCAUCUUGUAGGCCGAGUUCUUGAAUAUAACUUCACAACUGCAAAUAAGGAGAAUAUGUCUGAUCCAGAGCAGCAAGAGGGUGUCUUCUCAAACAUGAUGGAAGCAGUUAAUCCUAAUCCAGCUGGUGGCCCCAUGCAUGGAUUUGGGUUCGGCCUUCCCACUUCUAGAGCCUAUGCAGAGUACAUGGGAGGCAGUUUGGAAAUCCAAGCCAUGCAAGGUAUUGGAACGGAUGUGUAUUUGCGGAUGCAGCAUAUAAACAGUCAAGCUGGUUCCUUCCGGAUUUAAGUAGAAAUUAAUAAUGCAUUACUUAGAAAUAUGGAAUACUGAAUUUCAAACACAUGUUGUGGUAGGGAGAGUAGAGUAAUAUUUCUAAUGCUAGCAUGAUUAAAGAUUAGAAGAUUAAAAUGUCAAUGGAAUGCAACAAAAACAGAUAAGAAACUUAAUUUCAAAUCAAAUAGCUAGACAAAAAGAAGUAGAGGGGUUUCAGUUUUUGGUAAAAUUAAACUAAAUAAGUUAACAGUUUUAUCAUUGGGGCCCUUUAGGUAGAACUG